AGCCAGCCACAUCGUGUAUCCUUCAUAGACCUCUAUCCAGACUUCCACUGUCGCUCUAGUUCCAGCCCAGCCGCUCUCCAUCCUCAACAAAGCACAAGUUGGACCCUGUCAAUUGUUUGGCCUCUUUCGGGCUUGGCUCCAUCGCUGGUCUUCUGAGUGGUUCCCUCAGGGCCCCUUGUCCCCAGUCGCAUACUGGACCGCUGUUCACCCCUGAAUAGAAGAAACCUAGACCGCAUCCGGCGCCGACCCUUCUCUCAACUCGUCCUUUACUCCACGUUCCCGCGCUGCCCCCGAUCUUGCUUGUGCCGAUUCAACAGUCCAGAUACCCUCCUGAUCACACCGCGACAAUCCUCAGCCAGGUUAACCAACGACAAACGACAAGAUGGCUCAAGCAGGAGCCGCCGGCUACAACAACCCCUUGAAGAAAUUCAAGCUGGUGUUCUUGGGCGAGCAGAGCGUCGGCAAGACAUCCCUGAUCACGCGCUUCAUGUACGACUCUUUCGACAACAUGUACCAAGCCACCAUCGGCAUCGACUUCCUGUCAAAGACGAUGUACCUGGAGGACCGAACUGUGCGACUACAGCUGUGGGACACAGCUGGUCAGGAGCGAUUCAGGAGUCUGAUCCCCUCAUACAUUCGGGAUUCCAGUGUGGCCGUGGUGGUCUACGACAUAUCAAACGCGAAAUCAUUCCAAAACACGAGGAAAUGGAUAGAAGAUGUCCGGGCGGAAAGGGGAAACGACGUCAUCAUCGUCUUGGUGGGCAACAAGACGGAUCUGAACGACAAGCGCCAGGUCACGACGCAGCAGGGCGAGGACGAGGCCAAGAAGUUCAACCUGAUGUUCGUCGAGACCAGCGCCAAGGUCGGACAUAACGUCAAGAAUCUGUUCAAGAGGAUAGCGCUUGCUCUGCCCGGCAUGGAGGGGACAGAGGCAGCCCAGCAGGCCACCAGCCAAAUAAUCGACAUCAAAUCGAACAACACGCAGGCCGCGAAUGAGCCUUGUGCUUGCUGAGCGAUGGGGACGCACAAGUCUUGCGCACCUGUGCGCACCACAUCCUUGUCUUCACCUGCUCGUCGGCUUUUCGGUCGCGCAGACAAGACGUGGACAAGACGUGGACAACACAGUUCCUAACCUUGUCAGUUGCCCAACAAUUUGGCGGCCUCUCUCGCUCAGUCCCUGCAGGAGGAGGUGGCUCAUAUCGAACAGCCAGCAGGAUAUCAUGAGCAUAGCGAUUUGUCCAACGGGAGCCCGAUUACCAGCAUUAGCGUUGUAUAAUAAAAGAAUGAAAUGAUGGGGCCACGACUGACGAACAGGGGAGGGUUUCAUUCUCUGUUUUUAACUCUCGUUUUCAUUACAGUGGGCAUUUUGUUCAAUAUAGUAUUUAAUAACCGCUUCUUUUCUUCUCGUUUUAUGCAUCUGUGGGCGCUGGUUGAUCUGCCGUAUCCUCGUUUGAUAUCGUCUACAUCGUGGUCUUGACUUCAAAAUUGCCCAUCAUCUCGGGCUGCCACCCCGCUCGCUCUACUCGGCCUCCUUGGUUGU